GGUGACGGUCGACCCACUUGAUCGGCGGUAGAUUUGUGGAGAACAAGACGAAAAGGCAUUGGUAUGGCGAUCUCAAAUUGUAUUUGUUUUUAAAGCAAUUUCAAGAUCAAUCUGGAAAUCCCUCUGCAAAUUGCUUCAAUUUGUUGUGGACCAAUUAAUUACCCUGAACUACACGCUGCAUCGAAAAAAUUUGUCAUAGGAAAUGAUACGAACCCAACCAACCCUUUUUCUUCUUCUUUUACCUUUUCUUUCUCCAUCCUUUUCAAUCCAAUCCCCCUUUGAUUUAUUAUCUCUAAACCCCCUUUAAUUUGUAGCGACAAGAAAACUCUUCCAAACACAGCUUUAAAUGCGAGUUGGUUGAUGCGCUUCUUUUCCUCCUCUUCCUUCUUCUUAAGCGCUAAGUUUUUCCCCCUUUCUUUGAAACCCCCAAUCCUUCAAAACCCAUUUUGGAUUCUCGAUUUUGGACCAACCCUUUUUCAUUUCCAUGGAUUUCAUAGCGAACCCAUUUCGUUUUUCUUCAUCUUCCUCGCCUUCGUUUGGGAAUCUCUUUGAGAGAGUUAGAGAAAUUUGUUGCUAUGCGGUUUCUGCGAUUCUUGGCAAUAUCCUGUCUGCGAUCUUCACUUUCUUCUUCGCUCUAGUGGGGACUUUGCUUGGAGCCAUGACUGGAGCAUUGAUUGGCCAAGAAACUGAGAGUGGGUUUGUUAGAGGAGCUGCUGUUGGGGCAAUUUCUGGAGCUGUUUUCUCUAUUGAAGUCUUUGAAUCUUCUUUGGUUCUUUGGCAAUCAGAUGAAUCAGGGAUAGGCUGUCUUCUUUAUCUGAUUGAUGUCAUUGCAAGCCUCCUCAGUGGACGUCUAGUUCGAGAACGCAUCGGUCCAGCCAUAUUGAGUGCAGUUCAAAGUCAGAUGGGUGCUACAGAGACAAGCUUUGAUGACAUCCCGAACAUCUUCGACACCAGUAGUGCGAAAGGAUUGCCUGGGGACUCGGUUGAGAAAAUUCCCAAAAUCGUUGUAUCUAAGAACAAUAGCGUAGAUGCUUAUGGCGAGAAAGUCUGUUGUUCUGUUUGCCUUCAGGACUUUCAGCUUGGAGAGACUGUAAGAAGCUUACCAUAUUGCCAUCACAUGUUCCAUUUGCCCUGCAUUGAUAAAUGGCUUCUUACUCAUGGCUCUUGCCCUUUAUGCAGAAGGGAUCUGUAAUAUUUUUCCACUCACCACUGUCUUAACUUUGCCCUUGUAAAUUAAGAAAAAAAAAAAAACAGAGAAAAUUUCCUUAUUUUUUGCUUAAACUUGAGUCAGAUCAUUGCUUCAGUAGUUCGAACAGGGGCAUUCAGAACAUACUGUGACGAUGGAUCAUCACCGAUGUAUAAAAAUUUUGAGUUAUUAUAGGCUUUAUAUUGCUCUUGUGAAUAAAAUUAUAUUCCUCCUUUUCUUACUCA